CGACUCUUUCCUGGAUUCCGAUCCACAACACACGUACAUAUGACUAACAGGAAAUGUCCUUUAUUACAGUGAUAUAGAUAUAUCUUUUGACAUGGUUUUAUCUUAAAAUAAUGAUAAAGAUAGUCGAGUUUAUGUUUUAUAUGAGAACUAGGAAGUAAAUUAUCGCGGAGAGGCCAUUUUGUGUUUAUGUAUUGUGAAUAUGUGAAACCUGAUUUCUUUUUUAAACACUCGUAAGGUGAAGUAUAUAGAACAACCAUUAAGCUGCACUACUUUCUUCCACAGUGAACUAUAAAAGAUAAAAGCUUCUUUAACAUGGGUAACGAGUGCUGUAAGUUUGGUCACAGGCCAGGUAAAUCAGCCACACUGCCAUCUGUGGGGGUUUUAAACGGUGGGGCUGGGUCCCCGUCACCCACCUCACCCAAUGAUGUCUCAAUCGCUAUGACAGCCUUGCGACCCUUACCCCCUCCACCACCUGAAACAGAUGCCUAUAUUGUACGUGCUAUGUAUGACUUUGAGGGAAUGAAUGAAGAUGAUUUACCAUUUAAAAAAGGUGACAGACUAGAGAUUGAUGAAACAAGUCAAACAGGUGAUUGGUGGGUAGCAACACAUUUAAGAACGAAACAGAAAGGUUAUAUACCCAGUAAUUACGUUUGUCAAGAUGAUAAUUCACCACAAAGUCAGGAUUGGUGGUAUGAUUUUGAUAGAAGAGAAUCAGAUAAGAUGUUAUUAUUAGCUGGUAAUCCAAAGGGUACAUUCUUAGUCCGUGAAGCCACAGAUAAAUCUUCGUAUGUAUUAUCCGUACGAGACACAGAGAAGACAACAGGAGAUCCUUGUGUUAAACAUUACAGAAUUCGCAAAAUGGACAGUGGAGGAUUUUUUAUUAGUCCAAAACGUACUUUCAAAUCUAUGGUAGAUUUAAUCGAAAACUAUAAAGAAAACCAUGAUGGUCUAUGUUGUCAGCUGAGUGGGGCAUGUCCUAGAAUUAGACCAUCUGUUCAGUUCCGAGAAUUAGAAGUCAAUCGAGAUGCCAUAAAAUUAAUGGAGAGGCUGGGUGCUGGUUGUUUUGGGGAAGUAUUUAAAGGAAAACUGCGAAAUGUUGUUGAUGUGGCCGUGAAAACUCUGAAAAAGGGCACCAUGUCGGCUGAUGCCUUUCUCACAGAAGCCAAAUUGAUGCAUCGUUUACGUCAUCGAAAAUUAGUAGCAUUAAUGGCCGUGUGUUCACAAUCCGAACCUAUUUGGAUCAUCACAGAAUUCAUGGUUCAUGGUUCCCUUCUAGAUUAUUUACGCAAUGAUGUGGGAAAAAAUGUCCGGUUUCCAAUUUUAAUAGAAAUGGCAUCACAGAUUGCUGAAGGCAUGGCGUAUUUAGAAACAGAGAAUUUUGUACAUCGAGAUUUACGUGCGGCAAAUAUUUUAGUGGGAGAACAUUAUGAAGUAAAAGUUGCUGAUUUUGGCCUGGCUCGUAUUUUACAUGAGGAAGAUAUUUACGAAGCUACAGAAAAUACCAAGUUUCCAAUAAAAUGGACAGCUCCAGAAGCAGCUUUAGAUAGAAAGUUCAGUAUAAAAUCUGACGUUUGGUCGUUUGGUGUUUUGUUAUAUGAAUUAAACACAUUUGGUCGUGUGCCUUAUCCUGGUAUGUCUGGAUCGGAAGUGCUGAGUCGAUUAGGUAAAGGGUACAGAAUGCCGAGACCAAGCGGUCCAGUCGGUUGUACAGAUGCUUAUUAUGAAAUUAUGAAGAAAUGUUGGAACAAGAGACCUGAAGAAAGACCAACAUUUGAGUCAUUACACAAUCUUUUUGAUGACUACUUCAUCGCCACGGAACCUGACUACAAGGAAUCAGACGCCAUCUAAAACACAAAUAUAUUAUUCUAAACAUUGGUAAUCGUAAAGCAGUAAUUGUCACCAUGAAAUUAUUGAUGAUUUAAAUGAUAACGUAAUUAACGCUAUCUGCAAUUACUUUCAUUUUAACAUGUCAGAUGUGGCUCGAAGUUAAGCAAUAGUAAAAAAAAGCAGUCAUUAAUUUUUUGCUUUGCAAUAUUGGAAAACCCAUUAGGUUUGAUAUGUGAUAGAUUUAUCCAACAAUCAUAUUAAAUAUAAAUGUAUGGUUUAAACUAAAAUGCCGAAAGAAAGAAAGAAUAAGGUUUUAAUUCUUACAUAAUAUAUAAUAUUUGUGCAUUCCAUUUUGUUGCUUAUACUGAUAUUCAGCAGACUUCCAUCUAUUGUUUAGCAACCUUGAUAAAUGUUGCAACUUUGCAAAAAUUUGAUCAAGUUUGUGAUUUCAAACAUUUUAAUGUAAAUUAAUUAGGCGUGGAUAUGACGGCAGAUGGCAAUUAGUGUGACUUUAAAUAUAGGGAAAUUUGAUGCAAUAUGAAACUUAGUUUCAGAAUGAAUUUAAAAUAGGACAAAAUAGCAAUCUGAUUAGAAUACAGACCUAUAAUUCGUUUUUUUUUUUUUAAUACUUUCGAUGGCCUCUACUACAUGAAGAUCUAACCAUUUUUAGUGAGACGUCGCGUUAAGGGUCAUACGAGUGGCAUUUGACUCUAUGACGUCAGACUUUUGAUUAACCAAUCAGCAUUAAAGUUUCUAGUGGAAUACACACAGUUCUGUGCACCACACGGCAAGAACUCUCUAUAACAGACCGUUUCAUUGACUAAUCACUAACAUCAACAAGAACGUGGGUUAUAUAACAACUCUUCCAGAUCCUAGUGUAGUAAAGACAAGUAAAAUGAAAUUUUGAACUUUAAAACACGAAAUGAAAUAGGAUCUGUGUUUCAAUCAGAUUGGACAAACUAGAUAAUUAUUAUUCUAUUGUACCAUGAGAGAUAAUCACAAGGACAUUAUUCAUAAAACUUAUAUUGAAAUAUUUUUAGAAUGCAGCAUUUUCAUUGGUUGAGAGGUAAAUUUCUGCUGUAUAUACUAGCUAAUAGCCAAUCAAACGUCUUAAUAUAUUUUAGUUUUACUUUUUUUUAUGAAUAAAGCCCCUGAAAUAGAAUAAUGUAACAUACUUUAAUGUUUUAAUUUAAAAUGAUGGUUUGUGACAAUCCUGAAGUUUUGAUUUAUAUUAAGAGGGUAUAAUGCCGUCAGUGUACGAAAAAUUCAUUCCAGAAUUAAUUCUAAAAAUAAUUAUUGUUUAUUUUUAUAAAAUUGAUUUUUCAUGUCUUCCAUUUAUUAGCUAUUUUUUUUUUCUAUAAGUUUAUUAUUUAAUAUUUAUAUAGUUGAACAUUCCGAACAAUUUACAGACAAUUUGCAAAAUAUUCUGAUAAUUUUAUUCAUUGACCAGGUUAUGUAAAUAGCUGCAUCACUUUACUGCGACAGUCUACCAACAAGUGUUCGUUGACAACAUCUACUGAAGAAUAUCGUUAGCGUUUAGAAAUAUAUAUUAAAAUAUGGAAGUUUUUGUGUAAGCUAGCUAGAAAAUUGAAAUCACUCAUAGAAGAAUAUUUGAAUUAAGGCAAAUUUUAGAAUAUGAAAGUUUUUGUGCAAGCAACCUAGAAAAUUGAAAUCACUCAUAGAAGAAUGUUUGAAAUAAGGCAAGCAAUAAAACCCAUUAUUUUUUUUAUCUUUUGGCCUUAAAAUUCUACUAUGCAAACUAAGCUAAAGAUAUAUUCAUGUAUUUACCAAACUGGGCCUUAAAGAGAGUUAUGCUCGCUCGUAUAAAGCAGACAUUUUAUACUAUAAAUCUAACAAACUUGUGUGCAUGUAGCUUUGUGUGUGGGUGCAUUUAUCUUUGUGUGUAUCUUAUAUGCAUGUAUUUUAUAAUAUAGGUCAACUAAACUCAUGUGUGCAGGUGCAUGUAUCUUUGUGUAAUGGAGCUCAGACAUAUACUUAUUUGGUGUUCAUUCUUUAACUGUACCGAUAUGCUACAGUCUUCCUUUAUUUAAAAUGUUGGCCAAUGCAAAUAGUUUUUCACUGGAAAACUAAGUCUACACAAUGGACGAGGAAGUUGUCUCGAUUGUCAAGAUCCGUUGUUAAAUAGAUUAGGAUAAUGAAGCCUGGUUGAGCGAGACUUUUGAAACCUGCACAUGUGAUAAAAACAACUUAAAAAGCAAUGUUGGAUUUUAAAAGAAAAUGAUAUAUUUGCCAAUUUCUCAACUGACACAAGUGAAUUUUAGGAUUUAGGACUGUGUGUAUGGAUGCCAUCUAUUUUAAGGCUUUAUUUUAAUAUGUUUUAUUUAAACAUAUCACUUUAAAUGAAUUCAAUUAUCACUUUAAACAUAUGUAAUGAAAGCCUUAUAUUAGUGCUAAUUAUAGAAAUUGUCAUUCAUAUGUUCAUCUUCUCAUCAUUUCACAUGUCUCCCGAUUAUACACCCUGAUGAUUGAAGCGGUUUCUUAAUAUCACACAAGUCUUUCGAUAACUUCAGCAAUUCAAUUGGAAUUCAUAAAUUGACAUUUUAAGAUUGAGGAAGUGAAAACAUUGUGUUCAAUAUAUAAACAUAAAAGAUACAUUAUGUAAGAAUAUUUAUUAUCGUAACCAUGGUAACAAUGACAUUGAGGCUACAUCGUCUUCAAAUGGCCAUAACUCUUCUCAGAGUGAAGUAAUUUCACUGAAAGUUUCAAUAUAUUCUUUUUUCAUUAUCUAUUUUUGAACUUUUUUAGCAAGAACUGUCAGCUCUUUGUCUAAAUCAUAAAUAAUGUAACUUUAAGACAGCAUUAUUUCUUACCUUCGAUCAUUAUGUUAAUUUUUAUAAAUUAUAUUUUUGGGCCAGGAACUAGGGCCCUAGAAACCACUUAGCAUGUUGUUCUUCUUGGAGGGAGACACUCUUCAAAAGAAAACCACUAAGCUCCUGCCAAUUUAACGAUGAUCAACAUGGAACUUAACUUACUUGUUCCUCUGACAAUUGUGCAUUGAUUAACAGACUAAAUUCAAAGAUAGCUGCUACGAUGUUUAGCUUGGUUCCUAGUCCUAGUAAAUUUAGAUCAGUCAACAUGCUUAGCUUAUGAUAUUUUUUUUUCUUAUAAACAAUAUUUUUUUAUUGAGAUCUGUAUCUGAUUAGGGAUGGGGAAAUAGGCGUAGCCUAUAUUAAACCCCUCUAGCUUAUGAUUGAACCCUCUCCAUGUUACAAUUUAUUGAAAGAAUUUAAAUGUUUUAUUUCUUCUAGCCGAGUAAUUAAUCAAAGUAGUGCAUUAUUUUAUUUAUAUAGCUUGUGGACUUAUUACAUGUACACUGUGACAUCACUAUAACAAUCUUCACUAUAACGGAUGGGUUCAGUAUAAGACCACAAAGAGUGUUAUAGUGACGUCCUUUUAAACAAGGGUUAAACAGUUUCACUCAAACUCUGAUGUAGUCCCUGGUGAAAAAUUGUUUUGUCAAUUGAAUUGGAGAUACACUGGUUACAUGUCUAAGGAAUACUAUUAAUGCUUUUUGACUGAGCGACGUUUUGACUAAUAAACCGGAACCACCUUAGUAUUUAGUCUGGCAAUAUACAGGUCACAAUUCUAUGGAAUAAAAUUACUGCUUAUUUACUGAACAGCAUUUCAACUAGCCUUCUCUUGUCUUUAUAAUUGCUUGAUGAAAGAUUUGAGAAUCCUAAUGGAACAGUUGUCACUCAGUUAUAAACAUUUAUCAUCUUCGAUAGAAUUGUAAGCUGUGUAUUUGAUAAUGAUUAGAAAAGCUCAGUCAUAAACAAUAAUUCUUUUCUAUUGAAUUGUGACCUCUGUAUAACGUUGUGGAUGUGCUACGAUCGUCGAUGUGGCCAGUGGAACCAAACGUCAGUGUUACAGUGAAACCUGGGUAUACUAUUACUAUGUGUAUUACCUGCUGAUAUAUUUGUAAAUAUAUAUAUAUAUAUAAAUCCCGUUAUUGUAUUAUAGUCAUAUUUUAUAUCAAUUGUAAAUAGUUUUUAGCAAUCAUAAUAAUAUAAUAACAUAAUAACCAUUUCAUUGUUUAAUUAUUUCGUUCUUCGUUAAACAGUUAUUACAGAAAACAUUCCUUUCUACAUAUUUAAUACAACAUUUUCGCUAAAAUAUUAAAUUAAUUAAGACUAAAUUCACGCUAAAUAGGUACUCCGAUUGAAUAUUUAAUAUUUAAUUACGAAAACAAAAUCAAUAUAUAUAUAUAUAUAUAUAUAUAUUCUAUCGCUAGAUAAUCUCCAGGCCUGGAUUCGAUCAGGUUUAAACUAGGCCCCUCAGAUUCAAACUAGGCCUAUCAGGUUUCUCUGCUACCAGUAAAAGAUAGUGACGUAACCGUGCAGCAUAGAUCGAUGAAAAUUCAAUUUAACAUAACUCUGUAAAUACUGAACAGAACUGAAUGAUUUUUAGGCAAAUAUUACUAUUAGAUAUUAAACUUGGACUAUAUUGUAGUUAGCAAUUUGUACUCUUACAGUAAUAAUUGACACAUUGAGCCUUUAAAAUCAAAAUGUCCAUCCUACCAUACUACUUUAUCAUUGGUAGAUGUUUCAAACAAUAAGAAAAACUUGCUUCGUUAAAAGUGUCUAUUAUAGUUUGAUUUAGAAUAUUAUGUCAAUUUUAGUCUUGCCUUCUUUUUUCUCUCCCUUGAGUUUUAUAAUGAGUUCGUCCGUCUGUCUGGAACACAACAACAAUGCUUCUAAUUAAGAUACAAUAUUCAAACUUGGUGUAGGCGUUCAUCAGGUGACUGGAACACAAUAACUAAGCUUUUAAUUGAGGUAGAAUAUUCAAACUUGGUGUAGGGGUUCAUCAGGUGAAUGGAACACAAUAACUAAGCUUAUAAUUGAGGUAGAAUAUUCAAACUUAAUGUAGAUGUUCAUUAGGUGAAUGUAUAGACUAACUUCAAUAAUGAGCAUUUUCUUCUUAGGUUAAGUAAAGAUUAUGAGCCAUUUGAUUUAUGGAUGAUUGGAACACUGUAACUUUUUAUUCUAAUUGAAACCUUAAUUUCAUUACAUCAGUGCCUUGAUAAAGAUCGAUAAGAGCGUUUUAUGCUCAGAUAAAAUAGGGUGAUUGAUCGAUGCUUUAUUUAAAGAUAAAGGGGCCAGUAAUUAAUAUGUUUCAUCUAUUUAUUUUGGAAUUGAAACAGGGGGACAUCAGCCUAACUUUUGGCUGGUUUUGAUAAUUUUCUUUUAUUUUAUAUUUCAUACCAGAAACAUUUAUUUUAUUAUUAAAUACAAUUUUUAAUUCAGCCUCUUUAAAAUAAAUUUCAUGAUAUGAUUGGAUCCGAUGUAUAUAUUUAUAGAUUGGGAAAAACCCACAUUGAUUAAUGAUAGAUAUAAAUAUUUUUAUUGUUGGUAAUUGCAUGAAUAAGGAAGCUGGCUUUCUUCAUAUAUUGGUAAUUCACAUGCAUUUCAUGCUAUGUAAAUAUAUAUAUAUUUCUUCAGUUGUAUUUCCUGUAAUAUCUCAAUAUUCAACAAAAUAAAGAAAUUAUGAAAAUAUUUCUGAAAUAAUAUCUUUUAAUUAUUUGUGGCUUUCCUUGCCAGCGGUGGAAUACCAUGACCAUAGAUGCCUUUGUUGAAUAUUAUUUGAUUUUCUCUUUGUAAAUUGUAAAUCAGUUUCUCUAGGAAUGUGUAUGUAAUUGUGCUAUGUUAUGCUGCUAUGUUUUGCUUACAUCCUAUUUUACAGUUCUCUUUUUUUGCUGAUUAAAGAUUGUUAACGUAAAUAACUGUAACUUUCACUUUUUCACAUUAUUGUGAAGUUGUACACCAUUUUGAAUGGUCCCUGGGGGAAGGGGGAAUACUUUCAGAUCUAUCCCCCAUCCCCCAGAAAUGUAACUUUCACUUUUUCACGUUAUUGUGAAGUUGUACACCAUUUUGGAUGGUCCCUGGCAUGUGGGGGAAUACUUUCAGAUCUAUCCCCCGUCCCCCAGAACACUUUGGCUUCUCUAAAGUUUAUAAUCUAUUUUGAUGUUCUAUUUCAAAUAGAGAUUAAUUUCUUCUAAUUAUUUGUGAAUUUUUAAUAAACCCUUUUCUGUACAUUAAUUUGACAUAUGUAAAUAUUAUAAUAUAGCAUUCCAUGUAUUUUAUGAACAAUAGCAAUUAGUAAAUAUAAUAAUAACAACAGUAUAAAUUAUUUAUUCCAGUCAGCAAAUAAAAUGCAGUAUUUUUGUAUAAAAUUUAAACAAAGAACAUAUCAGUAGGCUAUUGACUUAAAGGACAAUAUUGCUGUCGGCCAUUAUUACAGGAGGUGACGCAAAAAAUGACAAACACGAGUUAUCGUUCUAUAUAACUGACUGAAGUAACAAGUGAUAACAGAUAAUUUCUGCUCAUUUCCUGUACUUCAGAUGUUCGUUACACAUCUACCUUAGCAAUGAUCUCUGUGUUAAAAUUAUAUUUGGAACUUGUUUAACCAGUUUUAUCACAUAUGUAAUAAUGGCUGACACCAAUAUUGUCCUUUAAUUUUAAACCAUUCCAAAGACGUGAUAUAUGGAUUUUUAUAGAAAUUGUCCAUUAGAUUACGAAACUUAAUGUUUUUAGAUAUCACAUUAUAGAAAGGGAACAAAGCUUGGAUAUCACUCAAAUUAGGGAUCAACAUCUGACAAUUCAAAACAAGAAUUGGCUGUCACUAGAGAAGAGAAAAUGAGAAAAAUAGAAAAGGCCUGUGCAUUCCUAUGUUUUUUAUUCAUUCUAUACGGUCAUAAAAAAAACCAUGGUAAUACACGUUUUCUUUUAUCUAGUAACAGUCAGUUCUUUUUAUGACUUGUCAAAUAUUCUCUCGCAGGGUUGAAACCGUGUUGAAUUUAUAUACAGGGUCACACAACAUGAGUUUAAUUAUAAUUAGUAAGCGCUAACAUUAGCCUUAUACUUUAGUGAAACUUUUGAAUAGAAACAUCAAAUGAGCUUUAUAGGGAAUGAUUUGGGAUUGUGUUGAUAAUGGGAUAGAAAUAGGAUUUUGAUCUGAACGUUGGUUCGAUAAAAUCUCAAUAUGAUCACAAUGCUUAUUCCUUUAUUUAUGCUGUCUGUAUAUUUAUGAGACGACAUUCACUGUAACCCAGGUAUCAUUUAAUCUUGUGUAUUUAGCACAAAUUUAUUUCACAUUUAUUCAAUAUCAAAUCUGUCAAAAAUCGUUUAAAAUCAUCUAAUUUGUACUUAUGUCCAGUUUAAAACUGACCAUUCAAUUUUAAUAAUGAGUGUCCAGUUUACAAGUAUUUAAUUUCUCGAUCACUGUUACAAAAUAAACAACACGAUUGAUGUAUAAUGAUUAAGUUUUGAACAGUAUAGUCAGGAAAUUAAAUACUUGUAAAUUGGACACUCAUUAUCAAAAUUAAUCAGUCAGCUUUAAACUGGACACAAGUAAAAAUUAGAUGAUUUUGGGUGAUUUUUAUGAAUUUUUAAACAAAGAUUUGAUAUUAAAUGAAUGUGAAAGAAAUGAGUGCUAAAUACUCAAGAUUAAAUGAUAUCCAGGCUACAAUGAUGUGUGCUGAAUAUUUAUGAGAGGACAUAUAUUAUGCUGACCGUAUAUUGCAGCACCUGUAAAUAAAUAACCUUUUUCAUCCGCUUGGAUCGCAAUCUGUUUGCUUCAAUAGUUCAAAUCAGUCGGAAUGCAGUCAAAGUGUAAUUUAAGAAUUUUUAAAUCCAUUCCCUUUCUUUAAAAGACAGUUGAUAUAGCUCCAUAUAUGGUAUAGAUAUAGCUCCAUAUAUGGCAUAGAUAAAGCUCCAUAUAUGGUAUAGACUAGACAUAGCAAUAUCAAAAUUUUGUUUUAGUUUCAUAUAUAGUUCAUUAUGUCAUUCCACUAUGAUACAUUUUGUGAAUAAACUUUUUUUUUUACAAUUA